AUGGCUGGCUUCAAGGUUGUCUUAAUUACAAAACUUUGUGGUCAAUCCCUUGGAAUUCAACAUGCAUAUGCAUUCCCGCAGACCUUCAAUACCGAAAGGAGUGAGUCGAUAAAUUUCCUGAUUGAGCAAAUCGGCUGCGAUUUCAUCAUUGUGAUAAUCAGCCAAUCAUACGUGUUUAUGCGUCCUUGUAAUUACACCUUUCUUAUUCUCGAUGCCGCCGAGAAGGAGCCAUCGAAAGUCCCGCUUGGGUUGUCUUCAAUGCAAGAGAAGAAAGAUAAAGUGUGA